GUGUGUGUGUGUGUGUGUUGAAAAGUCUAACCAUUCCUCUCUUUUCUUUUCCAGCGACACACGGGCGCUGAUCCUGAAGCCGCCGCCGCCAACCUCCGCGGGAAAGUGAUCAAGUUCGGAUGGCUGGACGGCGUCUAUAUGCGAUGUCUCCUCAACAUUUGGGGCGUGAUGCUGUUCCUCAGGGUGUCGUGGGUGGUCGGUCAAUCCGGCAUCAUCCUGGCCCUUGUGACGGUCCUGCUGGGGAACGUGGUCACCACCAUCACCACCCUGUCUAUGUCUGCUGUGGCUACCAAUGGGCGCAUCCAAGCCGGUGGCGUUUACUACAUGAUUUCCCGCUCCCUUGGACCUGAGUUCGGGGGCUCCAUCGGCCUCAUGUUCACGCUGGCCAACUCCAUCGCUUCCGCCACCUACAUCAUCGGUUUCUGCGACUCCCUGAAGGAUCUGCUGAAGUACUACGCUGACGGUGCUCAGAUAGUGGACGGGGCUGUGAACGACACGCGCAUCGUGGGCACCGUCACCCUCAUUGCUGUGCUGGCCCUGGCCAUCGUGGGCAUGGACUGGGUCACGAGGGUUCAAAUGGCUCUGCUGUUCCUGCUGAUUGGCUCGCAGAUUGACUUCGUGGUUGGUGCCUUCAUGGGUCCACUAACUGAGGAAAGUGAGGCCCAAGGAUUCCUUGGCUUCAAUGCCGAUGUGAUGUCAGAAAACGUGGGUCCAGCUUAUCGAGAUAAUGACGGCAGUAGUCAGAACUUCUUCUCAGUGUUUGGUGUGUUCUUCACAGCUGUGACAGGCAUUGUGGCUGGAGCCAACCUCUCUGGUGAUCUCAAGGACCCUGCAGAUGCCAUUCCCAAGGGAACACUGCUGGCCAUCCUCACCACGUGCUUAACCUACCUGAUCUACCCUAUCAUGAUCGGGGCGUCCGUGCUGAGGGAUGCUUCAGGGAAUCUUACAUUAUAUCAGGAGUACAAGGAUUUGCCCUAUUGGGAAAACCCGGCGUUCACCAACUGCAGCACGACUGGCUACGUUGAUGAAUUGGGUAAUCCAGUGUGUGAAUUUGGCCUCCAGAACAGCUUCCAGGUGAUGGAGCUCAUGUCAGCCUGGGGACCCUUGAUCUACGCUGGGUGCUUUGCUGCCACACUCUCCUCUGCCAUUGCUUCCCUGGUUGGUGCUCCAAGGGUCCUGCAGGCUCUGGCCAAGGACAAGUUGUACCCUGGCAUCUUCCUGUUCUCCAAAGGCACUGGUGCCAACAACGAUCCUGUGCGUGGCUACAUCCUUGUCUUCAUCAUCUCCUUCAUCUGCAUCAUGAUUGGUGACCUGAACGUCGUCUCCACUCUGCUCAGUAACUUCUUCCUGGCAUCAUACAGUCUCAUCAACUUCUCCUGCUUCCACGCAUCCCUCAUCAAGUCUCCCGGCUGGCGUCCCAGUUUCAAGUACUACAACUUGUGGAUCAGUUUGCUUGGCGGUAUCCUGUGCCUGAUCGUGAUGUUCCUCAUUGACUGGGUCACAGCGCUCAUCACCUUCAUCAUCACCAUCGCACUCUACCUCUUUGUGUCCUACCGCAACCCCAAUGUCAACUGGGGCUCAUCGACUCAAGCACAGACUUAUGUGUCCGCCCUGAAGACCACCCUGGACCUGAACACCGUCGAGGAGCAUGUCAAGAACUACCGGCCUCAGCUGCUGGUGCUCUCUGGGUUUGCAGGUGCAAGACCUCCUCUUCUGGACUUUGCUCACUGCAUCACCAAGAACAUUUCCCUGCUUGCCUGUGGUCACGUGAUACAGGGACACCAGACCCAGCGUGUGCGUAACUCCCUCUCCAGACAGGCCUACAGCUGGCUGAACAAGCACCACAUCCGUGCCUUCUACUCACUCGUUGAGGGGAGCACCUUGGAGGAUGGCGCCAGGAAUCUCUUCCAGUUGGUGGGUCUCGGUAAGCUGAAGCCCAACACCGUCGUUCUGGGCUACAAGGCAAACUGGCGCAAGUGUGACCCUGUGGAACUCACGGCUUACUUCAACACACUCCAUGAGGCGCUCGACAUGUACUUUGGUGUGAUCAUCCUGCGCGUGCCUCAGGGUCUUGACUACUCCCAGAUCAUCGAGGAUGAAGACUCUCCUGUCACCAUGAACGGCAAUGAGACCAACAUCACCCAGACCCCUGAAGACAAGCCAGGCCAGUCCACCACCAACCAGCUCACCCAAGACGGAACAGACAGUGAGGCCUCCACCCCCCCUGGAUCUCCCCAGGCAGAACGCGCAGGAGCUGUGGUUGAGACAAAUGCUGCAGACAGCAAGAAGCGGCGGACAUCUUUGGCCAACCUGUUCAGGGGCCCUGGCGGUGCUGAGCUCAGCAAGGAAGUUCUCAACAACAUCACCAUGUUCAAGAGGAAACAGAAGAAGGGCACUAUUGAUGUCUGGUGGCUGUACGAUGAUGGUGGCCUGACGCUGCUGGUGCCUUACAUCCUCUCCACACGCUCCCAGUGGUCGGGCUGCAAGCUGAGGGUGUUCGCUCUGGCCAACCGCAAGGAUGAGCUAGACAUGGAGCAGAGGAGUAUGGCCAACCUGCUCGCCAAGUUCAGAAUAGACUACAGUGAUGUGAUCGUCAUUCCGGAUGUGGCCAAGAAGGCCGCUGAGUCUUCGCGGAUGGAAUUCGACCAGAUGGUUGAAGACUUCAAGGAAAAGAGCAAGGAUGACGUGGACAAGCCAGAAAAUGCUCUCACAAUCAGCGAAGCAGAGUUCCUUGGUCAGCGAGAAAAGACUAACCGCCACAUCCGUCUGAGGGAGUUGCUGCUGGAAAACUCGAGAGAUUCUUCACUUGUUGUGAUGACACUGCCAAUGCCCCGCAAAGCCUCGGUUUCCGCCCCGCUGUACAUGGCCUGGUUGGAGACCCUCACGCGUGACAUGCCUCCUUUCAUCCUCAUCCGUGGCAACCAAACAUCCGUUCUCACCUUCUACUCUUAGGAGGCAUCCUGGAGAUUUUGUGUCCCUAUUUUUAAUUAGAUUUUUAAGAUUUCAAGAAUGAAUGAUCCUGAUUGCUGUGUACCAUAGAGUUGUUCAUUGUGUCUUUUUACAUGAAAAUAGAGGUUGUUGUUGUGUGUGUACGUGUUUGAAUGUGUGUGUGUGUGUGUGUGUGUGUGUGUGUGUGUGUGUGUGUGUGUUGUCUGUAUAUGUAUGUAUGUAAAAGUGAGUGUUUGACAUUUGCAUAUGAAAGCAAUGGGGGUAUCAUCAUGCAACAUUUUUUUAAUAUUGUUAUUGAUACAAGUAUGCAAUAUUUGUCAAAAGUAGUAUUAGCAUAAUUCCUAUUACAAAGUUUGCUAGCCUUACAUUUUGUACAUUCCAUGUUUAAGGACUAAACAAAUUAUAUCUUCCAAUUCCUUCAAAAUACUCCCAUGCAGACUUUUUAGUGUUAAGGUCUGGCAAUACAAAACACACAGAACAAAGCGUUGCACAAACAAUGGAGUGCAGAUGUUUGAGUAUGAAAGUUGAUUAAUUUGUAUUACCAGUACAAUAAAACUUCAAAGGUAAAUCAGGCUAAUCAAGCUUUGAAAACCAGGUGGUACACUAUGUAUAAAGAUCAGUAGUUUUUGUUUAUUUUAAAAUUCUGCUCAAAAUGGGAAGAGUAACAACGUUUCCAUAAAUAUCUUGAUAUACUUGAACAUUCCUUUUUAGAAGAUGCUUGUUUGUUAAUGGCUUCAAGACUCAUCACUCUGUGCUCUGAGUUUUUAAUCCAACACAAAGUUAGGAUCCAUCAUCCCUCACUAAAAGAUAAAAGUCUGUAGUUUGUAGACACCCACUCUAAGCUGUGAAGCCCUCAUCAAUUUGAAUCAAACCUUAGCAACUUUUGUUAAUAAUGAGUGGGUAUGAUAUUACAAAAAUAAUAAAUAAAUGAAUUUUUCAUUGGCUAGAAUAAAAAACCUCAAUGCUAUGGUAUAGACAAAUGAAAUUAAGGGAUAACCUCUUGUAAUCCAUUAUAUAGUCUUUACUGAGGGAGGAUGAAGCCUGUGAGGAGACUCUGCUGCCUCUGAGGAUGAGUGGUCUUCCAUUGCCUUAAUAAUAUUUUAACAUUCUGCGUCUGAAUUCAAAAGUGAUGAGUGAGAACAAUACCAGAACCUGUAGUGAAGACUGACUUAUUUGUUAUCUUAUUCAGCUUCUGCUUGUAGUUUCAGGUCAGUGCAGAAAUGUGUAUAUUUUAUUUGACUUAGUGGGAUUUAGGAGGUGUUAAUCUUUAUAACAAUGUUCAGUAAUGCAGUAUCUUGUAAAUAUUUCAUAUAAUUUCUAGGUAUUAUUUUAUUUCAUAGACAAUGCUAAUGUACGAGUAUGUAGCAUUCAAACUUUGAAUACAAACUAAAUGAAUUUAGAGGUAAUCUUAAGUUCAUGAAUCCUGAAAAAAAUGCACAAAAUGUUUCAAAAAAAUUGCAGGCCUUAAGAAAAAUGAAAUUCAACAUACAAUUCAUCUUUGGUUAGUAUACAUGUUCUGUGAUAACACAAUGAAAUUGUAUGAGUCAUGUGCUGUGACUUUCACUCUCCAGAGGACCGUGGUGCUUUGUCCCCCAGCCCAGCCACAUAACAUUCCUCCCAUUGCUGUCAUUUCAGUGGCUCAAAAUGGCACACUCACCACUGCUGUUCUGCCUUACUAUAACAAUGAAUACAACUGUGAAUAUGAAUGUUAAUACAGCAAGUGUUACUUGUCAACCCGUGGUGAUAAGUGAGCUUUAUUAGUACAAGGUCCUGCAAUGUCAGAAAAGGUGCCUUUGAUUCUGUGAUGACUGAUCAGGGAAAAUAUUUCUCUAUGUUGUUGGAUCUCUACAUUGUCAUUAGGAAAAGAUAUUUGUAUGAACUGUACAGAAAGACAUUUUUUUACCCCUUUAGUCUCUUGGAAUGUUGCAGAAGAAUGAACAGCUGUCAUCUGAAAUGGUUCAUCUUAUCAAAGGCGAAUCAUCUGGAGAUAUUUUGUUUUGUAUUGAUAUAUUGAAAUGUAUGCUAACAGUGAUGUUUUAUUAAUGUGGAUUUGUAUCCUCCAUUGAUUGUAGUUAUUAAUUUGGUUCAUAUUAGGUGGGUUGGGCUCCUGUUAACAAUGAUUCUUCAUUAUUGCAACUUCUAUUAUUUCUUAGAUGGAAAGAAAAGACAGUUUAAUUUCUAAUGGAAAGACAAAGUCUUUUUAGUUAAUAAACACAUUUUAAUUAACAUGCAUAUCAUUUUUAUUACUUAAAUUAUUUAAAGCUAAUACCUUAGUUAAUACAAUGGAAAGUUACUGCAUUUGGCAAAUGUAAAUUGUUAGGAAAUGCUAACCAAAUAAAUUAUAUUUUUGAAAAAAUA